AAAAUUAACUAUAUUUAAGAAAUAUUGAAGUAUUAUUAAGAAUUAUUAAAGAAUUUUUUAAAAAGAAAGGAAUUUCUAUAUUUAUUAAAAAUAAUUAAUAUUAUUUAAUGGGACCAAAAGCUGGACAUGGUCAGAAAGGACAGAAAGGACGUUAUGACAAAAGCCAAAAACAAAGACGGGGUGAUUCUCGUGGAAUGAAAUCUCGUGGAGCUCCGAUACGUAAUAAACGUUUUAAUCGUCCAAGAGCAACAAAAGUAAUAAUUGAGCCACAUCGUCAUCCAGGCGUUUUUGUUGCACGAGGAAAAGAAGAUUUUUUGGUAACAAAAAAUUUGGUACCGGGUGAAUCAGUAUAUGGUGAAAAAAGGAUAUCGGUUGAAGCAGAUGGAAAAAAAACAGAAUAUCGAGUAUGGAAUCCAUUUAGAUCAAAACUUGCAGCAGGUAUUUUGGGUGGACUUGACGAAAUUUAUAUUCGUCCGGGAUCAAAAGUAUUAUAUCUUGGAGCAGCCAGUGGAACUUCAGUAAGCCAUGUGGCAGAUGUUGUUGGACCAGAGGGAUUGGUUUAUGCGGUAGAAUUUUCACAUCGUAGUGGAAGGGAUUUGCUUCACAUGGCACAAAAACGAACUAACGUCAUUCCUAUUAUUGAAGAUGCUCGUCAUCCUCAAAAAUACCGAAUGCUCGUUGGUAUGGUUGAUACAGUAUUUGCCGAUGUUGCCCAGCCAGAUCAGGCACGAAUUAUUGCACUGAAUGCACAUACCUUUUUAAAAAAUUCUGGGGGAAUUGUUAUUUCAAUCAAAGCUAAUUGUAUUGAUUCAACAGUUGAAGCAGCAACAGUCUUUGCACGUGAAGUCAAGAAGCUGCAAGAAGAAAGAAUCAAACCCCAAGAACAGCUUACACUUGAACCAUAUGAGAGAGAUCAUUGUAUAGUUGUGGGAAAAUAUAUAAGAUAUAGUUAA